UUUGCAUACGUAGAUGAUGCCUGCAGUAUGAGUUACCCAUUGAUGCAAAAGUUGAGAGAAGUUCUUGUGGAUCAUGCUCUGGGAAAUGGUGAAGAGGAAAAGAACGCAAGCACUUCAAUCUUCCAAAAGAUUGGAGCUUUUGAGGAGGAAUUGAAAGCCAUGUUGCCCAAGGAAGUAGAGAAUGCAAGAUUGUGGUAUGAAAAUGGAACAUCAAGCAUUGAAAACCAAAUUAAGGAGUGCAGAUCUUACCCAUUGUACAAAUUUGUAAGGGAAGAGUUGGGAACUGGGCUGGUAACUGGGGAGAAGGUGAUAUCUCCUGGAGAAGAAUGUGAGAAGGUAUUCAGGGCUCUUUGUGAAGGGAAGAUGAUCGACUCAAUUCUGGAAUGCUUGAAGGAAUGGAAUGGUGCUCCUAUCCCCAUUUGCUAGUCAUGUUCUUGCUCAACCAGAGGAUCCAAAAUUCAAUUGACAGUCCAUUUAAAAAAUAAAAAAGGACUCAUUUUUAUUUAUUUUGUUUCGUUUUGUUUUCUUUUUCUUCCAUUUGCCCUUACAAGUAUAUGUUCAUGUGUAAUAUUUGGGAAAAUUUACCCUAAUUAAUAUUCAAC